CAUAAAAAACCCUAGCAUUCCUCCUCCCUCCGCAACUUCCGGUGCUGUCGGGGACAUGGACGGAGCUCCCAUCGAAGACGGUUUUCCGGCGGUGAAGCUCUUUAACCAAGGCUACUCCUACACUUACGAUGACGUUAUCUUCCACCCAGGUUACAUUGACUUCCCCGCCGACGCAGUCCAGCUCGGCACCAAACUCAGCCGCAACGUCCACCUCUCAAUACCCUGCGUGGCGUCGCCGAUGGACACCGUCACCGAAUCUGCCAUGGCCGUGGCCAUGGCCACUGUUGGCGGCGUCGGAAUCAUCCACUCCAACAACUCCGCUGCGGAGCAGGCGGCGUUGGUCCGUUCCGCCAAGUCGCGGCGUGUUCCUUUUGUGUCGGAUCCAGUUGUGAAGUCCGCGUUCGAUUCGGUGGAUUCGGUUUCGGAUUUCGGUUCUGCGCCGUACGUUUUGGUGACGGAAUCGGGAACGGCAAAGUCGAAGAUGUUGGGAGUGGUGUUGAGGUCUGAUUGGGAGAAAUUGAGCGAUAAGGGAGUGAGGGUUUGUGAGUAUAUGGUGAGUUCUCCGGAGUCGGUUCCGGCUAGCUAUGAUUUUGAGCAAGUGGCGGGGUAUUUGGCUGCAAAGAAGCUCAGUUUUGUGCCGUUGGUAAGGGAUGAUGAAGUGGUGGAUGUGGUGACCACGGCGGAUGUGGAGAGAAUUCGUGGUUUUCCGAAACUGGGGAUGCCGUCGUUGGAUGCAAAAGGCGAGUUCUUGGUGGGAGCGGCGAUAGGGACGAGAGAAUCGGAUAAGGAGAGGUUGGAGCAUUUGGUGAAGGCAGGUGCCAAUGUUAUUGUAUUGGAUAGCUCACAAGGGAAUUCAAUUUAUCAAAUUGAGAUGACCAAGUAUGCCAAGAAAAUGUUUCCGGAAGUUGAUGUGAUUGGUGGGAAUGUGGUUACGAUAAGACAAGCCCAAAACUUGAUUCAGGCAGGGGUGGAUGGGUUGAGAGUUGGGAUGGGGUCUGGCUCCAUUUGCACCACACAGGAGGUUUGUGCAGUGGGAAGAGGGCAGGCCACUGCUGUUUACAAGGUAUCUUCUAUUGCUGAGAGAAGUGGUGUGCCAGUCAUUGCUGAUGGUGGCAUUUCAAACUCUGGGCAUAUUGUCAAGGCUUUGACUCUUGGAGCAUCUACGGUGAUGAUGGGGAGCUUCUUGGCUGGAAGCAGUGAGGCUCCUGGGGCCUACGAGAUUAAGAAUGGUCUCAAGAUUAAGAAAUAUAGAGGCAUGGGAUCCCUAGAAGCCAUGACAAAAGGGAGUGAUGCUCGAUACUUGGGUGAUACAGCUAAGCUGAAGAUUGCCCAGGGUGUUGUUGGAGCAGUUGCAGACAAAGGUUCUGUUUUAAAGUUUAUACCUUACACAAUGCAAGCAGUUAAGCAAGGGUUCCAAGAUCUUGGUGCGUCUUCUCUGCAAUCUGCUCAUGACCUGCUAAGAUCAGAGUUAAGGCUUGAGGUCCGUACUGGAGCAGCUCAAGUUGAAGGUGGAGUUCAUGGGCUGGUUUCUCAUGAAAAGAAGUAUUUUUGAUCUCUCAAACUAUCAAGCAACACUUCGGCUGCUUUUCUCCUGGUAAAUUAACUUUGAAGUCUAUUCAGGGUUGAAAUAUGAUAAUAUAGCAUGAGCAACAGUCAAGUUAACCAGAGCUGGGGCAUUCACUUUGGAGAGCUUCCUUGUAUAAUUCGUUUUCAUUUUAAUGUAUUCUUGUAUUUGAUGUGGAAGAAAAAUAACUUGCCCCACAGGGCGAUGGAGUCCUGGUCAGGAAUAUUUAUCCGAAUUCUUCUUGAGAUACUUUGUUUAGUUUUAACAUGUUUUGGGAGAUUUCUUCUUCUUGAUAAUAUAUUUAUUACCUUGAAAUUUUA